AUGAGCGAGAACUUCCAUCCUUACUCGACUUUUGGGGAUCACACUAUUCCGCACCUUCCAGUGGCUCCAAUCAAGAUUGAAGAUAGCGUUCCAGACUAUAUGUUGGAAAUCCGGCAGCAACCCCAGCAUGCCAGGGUGGCACUGGGUAAGGAUAAAGACCGAAAGCCCAUCGACCCGCCGCCAAUCCUACAACUGAGGGUUAGCCACAAGAAAGACCCGAUGCAGCACUUCCUUCAGAGCCCGUAUUACUUCAUGUCUUGUUCGCUUCUCAAGGGCGACGAGACGUCAAGCAAAGAUCCACUUCCAAGUUAUCUCAUCGGUACCGUGGUUUCUUCUUUGCAUCGACUAAAGGACACGGACAACCAAGACGGCGGGUUCUUUGUCUUUGGCGACCUGAGCUGCAAAGUGGAGGGCAAGUUCCGCCUGCUGUUUACGUUGUAUCAGAUGCAGAAGACGGAGUGCUUCCACAUUACUUCGACCGUCUCAGACGUCUUCCAAGUCUACCCGACAAAAUCAUUUCCGGGCCUAGCAGAAUCGACCUUUCUGACCCGAUCGUUCAGCGACCAGGGCGUCCGGCUCCGUCUGCGAAAGGACUCACGCAGCAUAACAACGAGGAAGCGGAACGCAAAGGCAGCCGAGUUUGCACGGAAGACCCAAAGCCAGCAGCAUCAUGACCGCAGGGUGCUGGCAGGGCGGACAGAUAGCACCCAUGACAGCUCGUCUUAUGGGACCAUGGCAGGAAUAUCAGCGGCGCAAGUGGGCUUCGACACCCACGCAGGCACUGUCUAUGGAAACUACAGUACAGACAUCGGGCUUCCGAAGAGACGCCGGAUGAUAGGCGACGAAGUGACAGCGUCUCAUCCGUACGGGACUGUUGGUGGCAGCAACGGAUCAGGCCCAGACAUGUCUGCGUACGGUGCGUCUCGCGGUAGCUACAAUCCGUCGCCUCAUAUGACGCUUCCAGUCAGCUCGGCAUCAUACGGCAUGUCGGUGAUGCAGACCACAGCCGCGACUAUGGGAUACGGAACAGCGACCGGACCUCAUCAGCUCGGACGAAUGCAAUCGCAGCUGGCUGGGGCUCAUCAAUCCGGGCCUGGCUCGGCCGCGUCAAUGUCGUUCCAGUCGGCACCAAGUCGACAGUCGUCGCACGCUUUCCAAUACGGAACAAUGCAGCCGGCAUCUUCAUCGAUGGCGUACCAGCCAGCGAGUGCAACGGCAACAUCGAUGCACGCCCUGACGGGCAGCCCAUCGGGCGACUAUCGUUCCCAUCCAGGCACGCUUUACACGAGCAGUGUGUCGACCGACGCGAGCCCGCGAUCCCAUUCGACUCCCAAUCCACACAACUCCACGCCGAGCGGUACGAGCACGAGUCCGCCCGAUGCCACGACAGCAAACUAUACGGCGGCGGCGGGUGGAAGCAUGACGCCCUUCUCGCAGGGCUUGAGCCCCUACAGCUAUUCCCAUGCGUUAGGCGAUCCCCAAGCACAUAUCCCCUCGUCGACAAUGGCGACGGCACGGUCACACGGCCUCCGCGGGCUGGAUCUCCAACAUGUCAAUGGGGGUGGCCUGGGCCUGGAUAUGAACUAUUCCGAGGUGGAUCGACACACUCACGGUCAAGUUUGA